AUGUCCUCGACUCACUGCAGUCCCAUGCGUGUUACCGGACCAGCACGUGUCCAGAGCGAUAGCGAAGCCGAACAAAUGUCUCCCUAUGGUGCACAACGCCCCACGUCGCCGUCCACAAGCCCUUUUCUCUCACUCCCCAACGAACUUCUCAUCGCCAUCAUCUCCUACCUCCCCGACCGCGUCACCCUUAUCGCCCUCGCACAAACAUGCCAAAUGCUCCAAACACUCGCCGAAUCCCAGCUCUUCAAAAACAUCUACAUCCGCGACGGACCUUCUGUCACGCGGCUAGCCCAACUUCUCGAGCAACCUCCCGAACGCCUUCUCGCGGUUGAGAAUUUGGAGGCUACGCCAUGGGCGUUCGGGUGGCGGGGGAUCAAACGCAUGCCAGAGCUGGCAGGGAAGAUGGUAAGAUUGAAGAGGCUGAAGGUGGAGAGUCCUUUGGUCAAUACGGGGACGAGGGAUGCGUGGUGGACGGAGGAGUGUAUGCGGGAGUAUAUGGACCUUUUUGAUAGGUCAAACAGGGGAAUGAAGGGUGCUUGGCGGUGUUUGACGUCUUUCACACUACAUUCCCACGGCACCCACCAUCGGUACUAUAGUAUCAAAUCAGUACUACCAGUCUUUCUGUCGCCGACGCUCAAAUACCUGCAUCUGUCAUGCCUCGACAUAUCACGUGCCAACGAAACCUUCGCGGCACUCGGCGCUUCAUGCGAGCGUACUCCGCUCGAAACCUUGAUCCUUGAAAGAUGCACCGAGCCAUCGUCGAGCCUCUUCGAACUUCAGGCCAUUCUCUCGCGUCCACGGGCUCUUCGUUCUUUCACUUUGUUGCUUGACGUUAUUUUCGCUCAAUACAAGGAGCCACUCAAUGCACAAAGUUUAUCUCGGGAGCUUGUAAAAGUGCGCCAAACAUCCCAUUCGAGUCUAUCUCGAGCCCAGAUGCCGGGUUUGCUUGAAGCCCUACAGCAACAGAGCGAUUCUCUUGAAUAUCUCCGCUACACCCAUCAUCCGACCAGCCGAAUCGUUCCCGGUUCACCUGAGUACUUCAGCACCGACAUGACCUCUUCCUUGUCUGUGCUACGCCAGUCCUCUGGCGGCCUGUCCACUUUCAAGCGUCUCCAUGCUUUGGAUGUAGGCUACAGAACCAAUCUAGCCGAACUCUUGCUCGACGCAUCGCUGGCGCCACCAAAUCUUCUCACCCUGGGUUUGAGUGGCAUCGCCCUCGACUACGGUCGAGGAGACACGUGGCAACACCUAGCCUCCUACGUUCCUGCCAUAUCAGCUACAACCAACUUUUCGCACCUGAGGUUGUACACAACACCAUCCUGUUCAGAGGGCCACCUUCAGGGCAUGUCUUGGCAGUUUGAAUAUAAUGCCCACAGACAGAUAUGGCCGCGCAGUGGUGUUGCACUUCUCGAGAUCGUCAAGCGGCUCCAUGGGAAGGCGAGCGUGGAGCUCGUAGGCACGCGACAUCUUCCUGGAGUCUUCACGCCGUUUCUGCACGGGGAAAGGCUGAGCAGCGAAGAGGUCAUUUUCGAUAGUCGGAAGGAGUGUAAUGAAGGGGGUGAUCGGCGAUUCAAGCGCCAGGCGUAUGUUCCGGAUGGUGCGUCGGGAUGGGUUGGCCCUUUUCUGGCACUCGGCAAUGCGAAGUGGACGGAGUGA